AUGGGCCCACAAGCACAAAUAUCAGAGUAUAAAACACCACAAAUCUUGACAACUGUGACAGUAAUUGAAGAUUUUAAUGUUUCUGAAAAUACUGCAUUCGGAAGUGCAUCGAAAGAAAUCAAACUUGACGCUGAUAACAAGAUGAGUAAAAAUGAAGGUAGUCAAGAUAUGAGAUCAACAUCUAAAAUAAAAAGUGGUUUUAUGUUCCAUCAAUUGAAAUGA